UGGACUUCCGGUGUCGUCAACGGAAGCCGUGACUGGACCGGGCCGGACCACACAGAGGCCGGCUUGGUCACUAUGGAGGAAAUAGGCAUCUUGGUGGAGAAGGCUCAGGAUGAGAUCCCGGCGCUGUCCGUAUCCCGGCCCCAGACAGGCCUCUCCUUCCUGGGGCCUGAGCCUGAGGACUUGGAGGACCUGUACAGCCGCUACAAGAAGCUGCAGCAGGAGCUGGAGUUCCUGGAGGUGCAGGAGGAGUACAUCAAGGAUGAGCAGAAGAACCUGAAGAAGGAGUUCCUGCACGCCCAGGAGGAGGUGAAGCGGAUCCAGAGCAUCCCGCUGGUCAUCGGGCAGUUUCUGGAGGCCGUGGAUCAGAACACAGCCAUCGUGGGCUCCACCACAGGCUCCAACUACUACGUGCGCAUCCUGAGCACCAUUGACCGGGAGCUGCUGAAGCCCAACGCCUCCGUGGCCUUGCACAAGCACAGCAACGCGCUGGUGGACGUGCUGCCCCCCGAGGCCGACAGCAGCAUCAUGAUGCUCACUUCGGACCAGAAGCCGGACGUGAUGUACGCGGACAUCGGUGGCAUGGACAUCCAGAAGCAGGAGGUGCGGGAGGCGGUGGAGCUCCCGCUUACGCACUUUGAGCUCUACAAGCAGAUCGGCAUCGACCCUCCCCGAGGCGUCCUCAUGUACGGCCCACCCGGCUGCGGGAAGACCAUGUUGGCAAAGGCGGUGGCGCACCACACGACAGCUGCGUUCAUCCGCGUCGUGGGCUCCGAGUUUGUACAGAAGUACCUGGGCGAGGGCCCCCGCAUGGUCCGCGACGUGUUCCGCCUGGCCAAGGAGAACGCGCCCGCCAUCAUCUUCAUAGACGAGAUCGACGCCAUCGCCACCAAGAGAUUCGAUGCCCAGACCGGGGCGGACAGGGAGGUCCAGAGAAUCCUGCUGGAGCUGCUCAACCAGAUGGACGGAUUCGACCAGAACGUCAACGUCAAGGUGAUCAUGGCCACAAACAGAGCAGACACCCUGGACCCUGCUCUGCUGCGGCCGGGACGCCUGGACCGCAAAAUCGAAUUCCCGCUCCCUGACCGCCGCCAGAAGAGGUUGAUCUUCUCCACCAUCACCAGCAAGAUGAACCUGUCGGAGGAGGUUGACCUGGAAGACUACGUGGCCCGGCCAGAUAAGAUCUCGGGAGCCGACAUCAACUCCAUCUGUCAGGAGAGCGGAAUGCUGGCCGUGCGUGAGAACCGCUACAUCGUCCUGGCCAAGGACUUCGAGAAAGCCUACAAGACCGUCAUUAAGAAGGAUGAGCAGGAGCACGAGUUUUACAAAUGACCCCCACCCCACCCCCGCACGCGCCAGGGCUUCCCCCACCCCCUCCCCACGUACCCCUGUCUCAGUAGUCCCUUCACCCAGGAUUGGUUUGUUCAGUAAAGAAGGUA